AAGUAGUAUUGUGAUAACAAUUAUUUAUUUACACUAGUGAGUUAGUGAUUGGCAUCACUGCACCCCUAAAAAAAAAAAGUGCAAGAAAAAGGCCAUUCAGUGAGGAAGCAGAGAGGCCAGUUAUAAAUUGAUUGUCAGUAACUCAAAUCUCACCUUCACAGUUCACACCACUUGUGUGUUGUUGUACCACUCUGUGUCUUGUUUAUUUCUCCCCGUGUGUGAUUGGUUUUGUUGUUUUGCUUUGCCUGUUGUGAAAGAGUGAAAAGCAAAGCUAUCUUCUAAUCUUGUGAGUAGUCUGUGAAGUAACAAUGGUGGUGAAGAAGCCACGGAUAGUGAUAAUUGGAGCAGGAAUGGCAGGCCUCACAGCUGCCAACAAGCUCUACACUGCCACUGCCUCAAAGGACUUUUUUGAGCUAUGUGUUGUGGAGGGUGGAAGCAGGAUUGGUGGCAGAAUCAACACCUCAGAGUUUGGUGGUGACCGUAUUGAGAUGGGUGCUACAUGGAUCCAUGGAAUUGGAGGCAGUCCAAUUCACAAAAUUGCUCAAGAAAUCCACUCACUCCGCUCUGACCAACCUUGGGAGUGCAUGGAUGGGAACACUGAUGAGGCCAUCACCAUUGCUGAAGGUGGCUUCCACCUCCACCCUUCCAUUGUUGACCCCAUUACAAAGCUCUUCAACAACCUCAUGGAAUAUUCUCAAGGGAAGCUCAAUGAAGCCACUGCAAAGGGUGAACUUGAAAGUUAUCACAAGCUGGCUGCUUUGGCUGCUAAGGUUGCUUCCAACAGGUCUGGUAACAACAACCUUAGUAUUGGCUCUUUUCUGAGACAAGGCCUAGAGACUUACCAGAUUUCAAAGGAGCAAGAGGAGGUCAAAGGGUGUGGGGAGUGGAGCAGGAAGUUACUUGAGGAAGGAAUAUUUGGAAUGCAUGAGAACAACCAGAGGACCUAUACAUCAGCUGAUGACCUCUUGACACUGGAUUAUAGUGCUGAAAGCGAGUACAGAAUGUUCCCAGGUGAAGAAAUCACAAUUGCUAAAGGGUACUUGAGCAUAAUUGAGUCCUUAGCUUCUGUGUUGCCACCUGGUUUGAUUCAGUUAGGUAGAAAAGUCAUAAGGAUUGAGUGGCAGCUUGAUGAGAGGAAGGGUUUGGAAAAUGGCUGUUGUUCUUCUAAGCCUGUGAAGCUGCAUUUUUGUGAUGGCUCCGUUAUGUCCGCUGAUCAUGUCAUUGUCACAGUUUCACUGGGAGUGUUAAAAUCUGCUAUUCGUGAUGAUUCAGGUAUGUUCUGUCCUCCUCUUCCCUCUUCCAAAACUGAGGCAAUUUCAAGGCUUGGCUUUGGGGUUGUUAACAAGUUGUUUAUGCAAUUAAGUCCAAAACAUGGAGGAGGGAAACAUGAAUACCAACAUGAACAUGUAAAUGAUGACUCCGACAAGGGGUUCCCUUUCCUGCAAAUGGUUUUCCAUUCACCUCAAUCUGAAACGAGGCACAAGAAAAUACCCUGGUGGAUGAGGAGGACAGCCACCCUUUUCCCCAUAUACAACAAUUCGAGUGUCCUCUUGUCUUGGUUUGUGGGGGAAGAAGCACUAGCACUUGAGUCACUCAAAGAUGAGGAGAUCAUAAAUGGAGUUUCAUCCACAGUCUCGUGCUUUCUACAGCAUUCUCAGUGGCAAAAGGGUUCCAGUUCACAUAGAUUGUGCAAUGGGAAUGCCAAUUCUGAGGAGAGAUCUCAAGAAAAUGAGGUGAAGUUCAGUAAGGUCUUGAAGAGCAAAUGGGGAACUGAUCCCUUGUUUUUAGGCUCAUACAGUUAUGUUGCUGUAGGGUCAAGUGGUGAUGAUUUAGAUGCAAUGGCCGAGCCAUUGCCAAAAGAUAGCAGUUGUCAGCCUUCUGCUUCUUCUCCACUUCAAAUUUUGUUUGCAGGGGAAGCAACUCACAGAACUCAUUAUUCCACAACUCAUGGAGCUUACUUCAGUGGUCUCAGGGAAGCCAAUAGGCUUCUUCAACAUUAUCAUUGUGUUGGGAUUUACAAUAACUAGUUUUUUUUUUCCUCCUUUUUCUCUUAAAUUUUUUGAACAUUAAUCUCUAUGAUAUUAUUCCCAUUUUCAUUUUAAAAGUCUUCGUUUCUCUUUAAGGAAAGUAGUGAGUGAUUUGGGAAAAAUCAAUAUUAGAGGGGGGCAAGAUGAAUAGUGAGAUGGGGACCUUUAGAUGUACUACUUGAAGUAAUUUUUCCCCAAUAUAUUCCUUUCUCUUCA